AUGGCGCCCUCUCACAUGUCCAACGUGAUGAAUCUGGCGCGUACGUCACACCCCGACCCUUCUCCGCAUGGUAUUAGUAUUGACGGUGUCUUAGGGGAUGUUAAAUCUGGAUCUUUAAAGGAUCGAGAGAAAGCCGUUGACGAGUUGGCACAUCUCCUAAACCCGCGGAACCGCUCUACCAACCUUUCGGAUCUUGGCGAUAAAAGUUACCAUGAGAUUUUUGAAGCCAUCUUCAGCUUUGUACUACGUGAAAAGCCCAUUUACUACGACAAGCGGAAAUCGCAAGCGACAUCAAAUGCUGCGGCGUCGCGGCUAUCGAAAUGCGCCGUGGCUGUUAGAAUGGCAGCGGGACGCAGCAUCGCGAAAUUGGGGCGAAAAACAUUGUUUGCCGUUAUAGAUCACAUCACCCAGGUUCUACCAGGACCAAAUGACGACUUUGUCCCGCCGUUGCUCCAAGACUACGUCAAGGCUCUGACGGAGGUACUUUCUAGGCAAGCUCACGUUGAACUUCUGUCACGAAAAGACGGUCAACGCUGGGAGGCUUGCGUCGAUUUCUUCCUUGAUGUUGCACUUCACAUGCUUCCCGACGAAGGGGAGAGUUCUCUCCCAAUAUUGUCUCGGGCAUCACCAGCUCCUGGUUCAGCCAUUGGCCGUUCGACAGGCCGUUCAACCCCAUCAACCCAAAGUCAAAAACGGACUGGACACGGAGAGGGUGGCCCUCUUAAGGACGUCCUUGAAGGGCUAUACAACUUAGUCAUGGCUGCCAACGCGCCGCUACCACGACGGUUCAGGGACAUAGCUCAAAUUGUCCUCAGAGUCUUGGGGAUGAAGCAGUUGAGUCUUGGCUCAAUACAAACUCUGGGAUUUUCCAUCAUCAAUGCCAUAUUCUCGGCCACCCACGCGGAUGAUUUGACAUAUGCGAGCACUUUAGUCAAAGGCUUCCUGCCGCUGAUGAGUUAUUGGUGGAGAUCCGAGAAAGUAUCCCAAGACGAAGUUAUCAGGGCUCUCAGAAUCGAGAUAUCUAGGAGCAUCUUCAUUACACGCCUGCACAUUGAACACUCGGCCCUCAAUUCUUCCGAUGAUGCCGUUCACAGAGAUAUCGAGGACUUGGCAGAAAACCUGUGGGCUGAAUAUUCGAAACGUGGUGAGGCGUUUCGACUGCAGUUGAGCGAUGUGACGUUCUCACCAUACAGUCUUCCCCCGUACUACCCUCAACUGCCACAGUUUGGACUCCGUCCGCAUAACCCGUAUGGCGAAGGCCAUUGGGCGUUGGUUGAAAAUCUGGGGUUUCUGGAACGCAUCAUGAUUCUUUUUCAUGGAAAGAGUUCAGGAGUUGCUCCUGGCAUCGAUUUGCAACCACGUAAAAGGCGUCGUCUCCGUCAGGAUUCCAGCCGGGUGAGACUGAAGCUGAAGGCCGUAGAUAUUGCGAUACGGCGAACCGCUCUCCAAUUGGUACCAUUCAUGCUUGCCACCGAUUCCUUUGGGCGAGAUGAACUCAUUGACUUGUUGCCGGAUCUCGUCGCCUUGGCUGGCGACAAGAACUCCGUUACCGCUUCCUGGGCUCUUAUUGCAUGUGCUAGUUGCGCAUUAUAUCCUGAAAAUCACCACGACCAGGGAGAUAUCUGGAGACAGCUAUGGCACCUAGCUACUCGAUCAAUCGGUUUGCCAGGGACCAGCAGGGCGGCUUGUGUCCUGUUGCAUACCAUACUCGAGGCAGAUGUUUUACCGUACCAUUCAAUCUCCGAGGACAUCAACAAUAUUGUAACAUCGGCGGAUGUCAACGGCCCGGGAACUUUAUGUGACGCCUCGAUCGCGCUGAUGCUUCAUGUGUUGCAUAUUCGCAACUCCAGAAUUCCAAGUGCAAGCCAGAGCACAUUCAACCACAUCAUCAGAUGGAUUUUCCUUCGCUGGAACCCAAACGAACCGACAUAUGCGUCCUAUCAUUCGGUCCACGUCCGGCCCCUUGAUCUUGUAAACCUGCUCCGGGCAUGCUGCGGGACACAGGCGUUGGCUGCCGGGCCCCAAGACAAUGUCUCUGGAGGCACCCUCGGUGAGACUUGGAAAUCUUCUCGCGAAAUCGAACCAUUCAGCCGAUACACGCUCCUGCUCAAAGAGGAACGACAGAAGAAUGCAGAUGAGAGACCUCGUACCUCUUCGCGCACCAAUAUCUCGGUCCCAAUUAUCGAUCCCAGCACUGUCUAUGCCUCGAAGAAACUCAUUCUCGAGCUCUUUUAUCCCAAGCUUGGGCAGCUGACUGAACUCUGCAACUCCUGGAACAAAAAGAUCAACGAAGGAGGCAUCCAGAUCUCUUUUGAUCGCUUUCAGAGUCUCCUCUCAGCUUGCUUGAUCGGGACAAUGCUACUACCACAGAUUGGCGAUCUCAAUUCGACGCAGUCGUCAUCUGUCGAGUCAACGAUAGUGGAUAUCGUUGAAAAAGGCUUGGAUGCUGCACUAGACUCCGUCGAACCGCCUGCCUUCAUUGAGUUGGUUCUUCGAACUAUUCGGCCCCUGUUUCCUGACCUCAGUACUGCGAGCUUGCACAGGAUACACGCAGACGAUCUUGGACUUUUGCAUUUGUUGGCAAAGAUAUGGGGUCUCAUCGAACAGAAGAAGACCCAAAACGCAUCUGGAGACCACGUGGACCUGAUGGAUCUCGACGACGAAUUUGAUUCACAAAGCAGUAGGACGAACUCAAUUUCCAGUCCUAGCACGAUUCCGCGACUGAACGCUCAGAUGUCUAUGGACCCUCUUGCUUUCUACACCGACACUAAGACCCGAUUGCGUCUUUUGUCCAUUAUCGACGAAGAUGUAAGCCAAGUUGGCCACGUGCCUGAUAUCUUUGUCGAUCUUCUCUUGAACAUGACAGACGAUGAGCUACUGAUGUGUCAAAAAUUGCUGAUUGAGCUCUUCAACUCCGACCUGGUCGUCACUCUCGACAGCGCCCUGAGAAUUGUUCAGAGAAUCGGAGACCUUGUCAGUCGGCCAGACUACCAGUGUUGCGAGGUGGCAUUGAGUACUGGCAUUGGCGUCAUUGACGGGCUCCAUCGUCUUUGGCUUAACGACAAGCAAGAUCUUUCGGAUAGCGUUGGUGAUUUGUACAAUCACUUUGUCAAAGUCUGCUUGAUGUCAAAUAUUUUUUCGCCAAACGCGCAGGUCUCAAUGGUGAGACUCUUGUUCACUCUUCUCAGAGCGGACUCCGAUUAUGGCAAGGACCUCGGAAUCGACUCUUGCCGAACCUCACUCCUCUAUAUCCUCAAAAACGGACCGAUGGUUGUCAAGUUUGUAAUUGCUGAAAACAUUGCCGACGUUUUCGACCUCUACAUCCUCACGCUUCACGACGAGGUGUUUGUAGAUGUUCUAGACAGCUUGCCAACCGACCCCGAAGAUGCUGCUGGCAUCGCUUUUCGAUUGUUGGUCCUGUCCCGGCUAGCGUGUCGGUGGCCAACACUACUCCGCAGAUGUACAUAUCACAUCUUUGAAACACCAGGCAAAAUCGCCAACUCUACAGAGUAUGCGACCCGUUGCUUGGCUGGCGUGUCUCGCACGUUGCAACUGGAGUCACCAAGGGUGCUUUUUCGCCUGUUCUGUCGUCAACUCUUAUAUACCUGGCUUGAAAGCGAUCUGAUCGAGGAUAUACCUUUCUCCAUCUUCGGGUUCGAUAGCCUAGAGGACCUUCUUCGAUCUGCCCAAGCUGAAGCCAUUGGCUUGACAGUAAUGCGUGGACAAGAUGAGACCUGCAUAGAGCUUGCCCGACUACUCGGAAUGACUGAACGAGAGCUCGUAAGCUGCAAUUUCACCACGUCUGUUGCAUACAGUAUGAUGUUUGGAGAUUUCAUGGGUGGCUCUGACAAAGGGAGAGGCGAGGAGCAUAUCAAGAAGUUGAUGGGCGGCAAGACGGCCUAUAUGGAAGCGACUUACAUCCAUUUCGUUGAUAUCGUGGCUCUCUUCUUCGACCUCAUCGACCAGGACAACCCGGUGGAGAAGAUCUUUGGGAGAUAUUCUAACCUGGAAUAUGCAAGCAAGAUCAUGAGAACAAUCAAAGGGAUUGCACAUUCCCCCACAACCCUUCCAGCUAACCAACAGCCAAUGUUCAAAGCAAAGUAUCUCAUCCACGAGAUCUUCCGCCUCUGCCAAGACACAGAGUUUCAGUUCCAUGAACUAUGGACGCCUGCGCUGGUGGUGUCGAUUGCCAGGAAACUUUUCAACACUGUCCAUCCUGCUCUGGGACCCCUGCACGCCUGCGCUGUUCUGCGAAAAGUGAGGUUUCUCAUUUCCCUGGCCGGACCUGUUGCUCUCGAGUCAUACCCCUUGGAAAUGUUGCUGAACUCUGUCCGCAAAUUUAUUGUAGACUCAGAAUGCGCAGAUGAUGCUUUGGGAAUCAGUCAGUACCUUCUGGCCGAAGGAUCAAAGCAUCUGAUCAAUACACCGCCCUUCCUCGCUGGAUACGCGCUAUCGACUCUGGCCUCUCUUAGAGUCUUUCUCGAGUCAAGUCAAGCGAGUACGACCCAAGAGAGCAUGUUCAAGGCCACGAUGAGCAAAGCACAAAGGUUCCAUGGAUGGUUCAGCAAAUAUCUGGAGGACUACGACUCCCCAGGGUUCAAGACGGUAGAGCAAGCGAAAGCCUUCAAGUCCAUUACUCAAUCAGCAGCCCGCAUUCGAUCUUCCGGAAAUGCUGAGCGUGGAACGUCGGAGAGUAAGCUUUUACUGGAUAUCCUAGAAGAUGGGAGUUCAGAUCACCAACUUCUCAAUGAUUCAUCUCGCCAACUCGCCCUUGGCCUCCUUUGUGGAGACUUCAGCAUUCCGGUGUCAAGCAGGGAGGAUAUUAUCGAAACCGACCAGGAUGCGACAAAGCAUGUCACUGCCAUUUGGAAGAGUUGCAACACCCAGAACUUGAGCGACGAGUACCUAUCAUGGGCCGGCCGAGUUGUAGGGCGGUCCUUCUCAGCUUCGGGGGAAAUCCCAACAGACAUCCUUCGCGAAUCACAUUUGGCUCAGUACCAAAAGAUGGCCCCCGGACCUAAUGGGUCAGAGAUGGGGCUCCUGUAUCUGCUUCAAGAUUUGACGUCGAGUCCAGACUCUUCCACCGCGGGUCUGGCCGAGGCUGCCUUGAGAACCGCCGUCUCACACGCCGCGGCUCCAGAGGAGGAGCCGCUGGCGGUGGCUUGCCAAAGGAGUCUCUCCGAAUCUCUCUUGCUCGCGUCUCAGUGGGGUUCGUAUAGCUCCCCAAUAUCCGAAAAAGGAACACCGGCGUCAUCGAUGAACGAUCAGGAUGUGUGGACAGAAGACAUAACGUCAAAAAAAUGGCUUCCACUCUUGAGCGCUCACCUAGCUCGGUCCGUCCCCGACUCGACUAUCCUCUCCAUCUUGUCACCCAUAUUGGCCAAAGUAGAGGACUUUGCGGAGGACGCAUUUCCCUUUGUGAUACACCUUGUGCUUUUCUUCCAGCUGAACCAGCAACAGACACUGAAACGUGCCCUCUCUGGAGCGCUGAAGGACUGGCUCCAAUACACGGUUCCAGCUGCUAGAGACAAUUUGAAGCUACUUAUCAACACGCUCCUGUAUCUUAGGACGCAGGAGUACCCUAAGGAAACGUCGAUAGCUGAUAGAUUGAACUGGCUAGACUUGGACUACAGUUUGGUCUCAGCAUCAGCAUCGCGAUGCGGAAUGCACAAGACAGCGCUGCUAUUCGCGGAGCUUGUUUCUUCCGAAACCUCUCGGUCUUCACGACGCUCUUCUGCCAUUAGGGAGACUGAUAUGAGCGAAACCUUACUCACAAUCUUCGAAAACAUCGACGAUCCUGAUGCCUACUAUGGUUUGCCAGAAGAGGCCAGCCUUUCGAAGGUUCUGGCCCGUGUGGAAUAUGAAAACGAUGGACCAAAGAGUCUUGCCUUCCGUGGUGCUCAAUAUGACAGCAACAUCCGACUCAGAAACCAGAUGUCAGAGUCGGAUGGCCAGUCUUUGGUUAAUGUUUUGAGCACACUUGGCUUGUCUGGUCUAUCUAAUUCGCUGCUUCAAACACAGCAGAGUCUCGAGACCACACCUGAGUCCCUAGAAAGCACAUUCAGUACAGCAAGGAAACUAGAGAUCUGGAAUCUUCCUGCUCCAGCAAGUGACAACCACGCUGUUACUGUUUACAAAGCAUAUCAGAGCAUUCACCAAGCAACUGAUGUCACGUUCGUUAGAUCAGCAGUACAUGAAGGUUUCAGUCGUACGAUGAGAAGCCUCAAGGCACAUGGACUCAAUGCUACUGCUCUCAGAAAGCGACUUGGUGCCUUGGCUUCUUUGACAGAACUCGACGAUGUACUUGGAGUUUCCGAUACCGCGGAGAUGGCCAACCUUCUGAGCAAGUUCAAGAAUCGGAGUGAAUGGAUGAGGAGUGGAUUAUACGACAGUGUGAGCCAAAUUUUGUCUUGUCGUGGAACUGCGAUGAGCAUGCUCAGCCAACGAAGUGCUCUCCAAACCAAUAUCAAGCUAUCAACUGCAGUUGCCAGACAAAUGGAGGUAGAGUCGAUGAUCACAGCCUCCGGGAUAUACCGCUACCACCAAGCGACCCAAGAGAGUCUCAAUAUCUCGACUGGUCUCACGAAACUCAUCGUACCUUGCACCGAUUUGGACCUGCAUGUUGAUGCCGCUAUUCAAAUUGAAGCAGCCAACUCUCUUUGGGACUAUGGAGAGAUGAGCACGUCGAUUCGAAUGCUCCAAGGAAUUGACAGAGAUUCCUCACUCAGAAAGCAAACCAUCCCUGUUAGUCGAUCUGACCUACUUUCCAAGAUCGGGUUCCAGGUUUCCGUUGCUCGCCUCGAGAAACCUCAGGAUAUCCAGAAGAAGUACCUGGAGCCGGCGCUUAAAGAACUCAAGGGUAAGGGUGAGGGCCGCGAGGCCGGGUUGGUGUUCCAUCAAUUUGCCACAUUCUGUGACCAGCAGCUUCAAGACCCAGAUGGGUUGGAGGACCUGACCAGACUUCAAAAUUUGAAAAAGGCCAAGGGUGAUGAGGUGUCAGAGCUGAAGUCUUUGGUAUCUAGUACAAAAGACACGCAACUCAAGGCUCGUUACUCCCAUGUGCUGAACAAGGAGAGGCAGUGGCUGGAUUUGGAUCAACAGGAGCUGCGCAGAGUCGAACAGACUCGUAGCGAAUUCGUGCGCCUCAGCCUCGAAAACUACCUGCUGUCCCUGAUAGCCUCUGAUGAACACAACAACGAUGCUCUGCGCUUUACAGCGCUGUGGCUUGAGCGAUCAGAGGAGGAGACCACAAAUAAGGCGGUGAUGGGUCACCUUUCGCAAGUACCAACCCGAAAAUUUGCCAGCCUCAUGAACCAACUUACGUCACGACUCCAAGAUCAGGAUAGUACCUUUCAACAGCUGUUGAUGGAACUGGUCUACAAUAUCUGCGUGGACCACCCCUACCACGGCAUGUACCAAAUCUGGUCUGGAACGAAGGCCAAGGCUCAGCAGAAGGACGAAGUCGCAGUCCGGCGUGUGAAGGCGACCGAUCGAGUGGCCCAUCGACUUGUUUCUACAAAGUCAGUGGCAGAUAUCUGGGUGUCAAUCGACAAGACAAGCAAGUACUAUCAUGGACUCGCAAUGGACAGGAACCCCAACAAGUACAAGUCCGGAGCAAAGAUUGCACUGAAGGAGUCUUCAGCGGGCCACAAUCUGGUAAACUGCCUGGCCAAAUACAAAAUCCCGUCUCCGACAAUGCAUAUCGAGCUCUCGGCCACGAAAGACUACUCGAGAGUCCCGAUCAUAGCAAGACUGGAUCCGAAAAUGACAAUCGCUUCUGGAGUGAGUGCACCGAAGAUAAUCACGGCACUCGGAAGUGAUGGUGUGCGCUACAAGCAGUUGGUAAAGGGUGGUCAUGAUGACCUACGGCAAGAUGCCAUCAUGGAGCAGGUGUUCUCAGCUGUUUCGUCGCUGUUGAAGCUUCACAGAACCACUCAGCAGCGCAGUCUUGGGAUCAGAACCUACAAAGUCCUCCCGCUUACGGCGUCCUCUGGAUUGAUCGAGUUCGUUCCCAACACCAUUCCGCUGCACGAGUUCCUCAUGCCUGCACACGAAAGAUACUACCCUAGGGAUCUCAAGGGCUCCCAAUGCCGGAAGGAAAUCUAUAACGUACAAAGCCGGACGGUGGAGACCCGAAUGAGCACGUAUCGCAAGGUUACGGAUAAGUUUCACCCAGUGAUGAGAUACUUUUUCAUGGAGAACUUUGUGGACCCCGACGACUGGUUUGUCAAGCGAUUGGCAUACACGAGAAGCACUGCAGCUAUAUCGAUGCUUGGUCACAUCUUGGGCCUCGGCGAUAGACAUGGACACAACAUUUUGCUCGAUACGAAGACAGGAGAGGUUGUACACAUCGAUCUUGGUGUGGCUUUCGAGGCUGGCCGAAUCUUGCCAGUGCCUGAGCUGGUGCCUUUCCGACUUACCAGAGAUAUUGUCGACGGUAUGGGAAUCACCAAGACCGAGGGAGUGUUUCGUCGUUGCUGUGAAUUCACGCUAGAUGCCUUGCGAGAGGAGCAAUACUCGAUCAUGACCAUCCUGGACGUGUUACGGUACGAUCCGUUGUAUACAUGGUCGAUUUCGCCAUUGCGACUCGCCAAGCUCCAGAAGGCAAGACACAGCGACGACGGAGCCCUGGAUGACGGAGAGCAGAGCGAGGCGGAGACGAAAAAGGGCAAGAAGACGGCGGGACACGUCAACGAGCCGUCGGAAGCAGAUCGCGCCUUGGAGAUUGUGAGAAAGAAGCUGUCCAAGACUCUGAGCGUGACGGCGACGGUCAACGAUCUGAUCAACCAGGCAACGGACGAGCGAAACCUGGCAGUUUUGUAUUCUGGUUUUUUGAAGGCCAUGGUGUAUUUGUCAUUUAAUUACUCCGUACUCUGUAUCCGUCAAUAUGUGGAUGCUUGGUGCCUCCGUCGCUCCGCCGCUCCCUUGCCCAUGCAAUCCGCGCCAGCCGACUCGAUCUCCCCCUCCCGGCGACGUCCGCGCCUCGACUCCUCCUCCUCUUCUUCCUCGCCGGCCGCCAUCUCGAAGCGUCCCCGCUUCGCCGAUAUGCCCGUCAUGGCCAGCGCCAAACCGCGGGGCAGGUUCUACGACACCAUCGACCUCACCAACACGACGGCCUUCCAGCCAUACACCGGCGCGAAGAAGCUGGUCAUCAAGAACCUGCGUCCCCCGACCAGCCGUGAUGCCCAGGUAGCCGAGUACUAUGCGCGCACCGACAAGGAGCUCGACGGGGCGCUGGAGGCUGUUUUCGCCGGGAGGAAACCGGACGUCCCGCUCGAGCGGCUGUACCGGGGCGUCGAGGAUGUUUGUCGGAAGGGCGACCCGGCCAAGGUGUACAAGCUGCUUAAGGACCGGGUCGAGGUACACUUGCAGCGGGUUGUCCAUCCCAGGAUCCAGCGGGAUGGGGGCAUAUCGAACCUCGAUACGCUGAGGAGCGUGCUGGCGGAAUGGAAGACGUGGAAUACCCAGACGGUGUUGAUCCGAUCGACAUUUAGCUUCCUGGACCGCACCUAUCUCCUCCGCGAGAGUCUGCCUUCAAUCAACGACAUGACCAUCACCCAGUUCAGGAGAACCGUCUUUCCAUCUCAAGCGCUCGCCUACAACAACUCGGCGGGGAGCAAAGCUAUCGCUGGCAUAUGCGCGCUGAUCGAAUACGACAGAAGAGGCGACGACCAGAUGGACGCAGCCCUGCUCAAGGAUUCGAUUCGGAUGCUGUUCGUCCUCGGCGUAUAUACCAAGAACUUUGAGCGUGUAUUCCUGCAACAGUCGGAGGAGUACUUUAGGGAAUUUGGAGAAGCCUGGAGCACCUCAAGCCUGAAGGACUACAUCUUGGUCUGCAAGAAACUCCUCGGCAAGGAAGACUACCGAUGCAUUGCGUUCAACUUCGACAGCACCACCGAGAAGCAAUUGAUGGACUCUGCGCAUUCGACUCUGAUCGACCACUAUUCGGACAAGCUGUUGAAUGGCGGCAGUUUGUCAAAGCUCCUAUCCGACAAAGAAGUCGAGUCCAUGAAGGCGCUGUAUGACUUGCUGAAGCUAUCAAACAUUCAAAAGAAGAUGAAAGCACCUUGGGGUGACUACAUCAGAGCGACUGGAGCUGCCAUCAUCAGCGACAAGGCGCGGGGUGACGAGAUGGUCCUUCGCCUAUUAGAGCUGCGGCGGUCCUUAGAUCUCAUGAUCCGAGAUGCCUUUGGCAAAGACGAAGACUUCCUUUGGGGCAUGAGGGAGGCAUUUGGUAAAUUCAUGAACGACCGAAAGGUUGCCUCAUGUUGGAACACGGGGACUUCCAAGAUUGGGGAGAUGACGGCCAAGUAUAUUGACAUGCUGCUCCGAGGCGGUCUUAAAACCUUACCCAAAGAGCUCCUAUCAGACGUCAAGGACCGAGCGACGGCAGAGAAGCAGGGCCAGUCCAGCACAGGCGACGAAGACGCAGAGUUGGAUCGACAACUGGACCAGGCCCUCGAGCUGUUCAGAUUUAUCGAGGGCAAAGAUGCCUUCGAGGCCUUCUACAAGAAGGAUCUGGCUCGAAGACUGUUGAUGGGACGAAGCGCAAGCCAGGAUGCAGAGCGAAACAUGCUGACGAAGCUGCGAGGCGAGUGCGGUUCUAAUUUCACACAUAACCUGGAGCAGAUGUUCAAAGACCAAGAGCUUGCCAAAGACGAGAUGGAGUCGUACAAGCAGUGGUGCCAGGGCAGCGCGGACCGGAGGACGCCCCUGGACCUGCAAGUCAUGAUUCUCUCAGCAGCUGCAUGGCCAACAUACCCCGAUGUCAGGCUCAACCUACCCGACGAAGUGGCCGCUCAGAUCGAGCGGUUCGAUAAAUUCUACAAGAACAAGCACACCGGGCGAGUUCUGACCUGGAAGCAUUCCCUGGCUCACUGCGCCAUCAAAGCCACCUUCCAGAAAGGCGUGAAGGAGCUCCUCGUGUCAGCCUACCAAGCGGUUGUACUCAUUAUGUUCAACAACGUGCCAGCCGACGGGUUCCUCGCGUAUGAACAGAUUGCUACCGGCACUGGCCUUCAAGGUGGCGACCUCGAUCGCACUCUGCAGUCCUUGGCGUGUGGCAAAGCUAGGGUAUUGUCAAAGCAUCCGAAGGGCCGUGAAGUCAAGCCCACAGACACAUUUACGUUCAACAAGGCCUUUACAGACCCCAAGUACCGUGUUAAGAUCAACCAAAUCCAGCUCAAGGAGACCAAGGAAGAGAACAAGGCGACGAACGAGAGGAUUGCGCAAGACAGGCGAUUCGAGACGCAGGCAGCCAUUGUCAGGAUUAUGAAGAGCCGGAAGUCCAUGGGCCACGCCGAGCUGGUUGCCGAGGUGAUUAACCUAACCAAGAAGCGAGGGAGUGUCGAGCCGGCAGCGAUCAAGAAGGAGAUUGAGAGCCUGAUCGAGAAGGAUUACAUAGAGAGAGAAGGAAACGCGUAUGUAUACCUAGCUUAA